AUGAGAUUCGCUCAGAUCUUCACUGUUGCCUCCAUGGCCAUGGGCGCCAUGGCUGGCUGCCAGAGGGCCAACGUUUGCAAGGGUGAUGUUCGGGCCGAGCAGGGUGGCUUCAACGAGGGCUGGGCCUGCAGUGGCGCCGACGACCUCCCGUGCACCACGACGUGCAUCACUGUUGGCAGCAGACAAGCUCCUUCUGGCCCCGGCAUGGAUACGAUCAAGUGCUGCAAGCCCGGUCCUGACUGUGCUAAGCGAAUUAUGGGAUAUCAGAACUAG